AUGGGUCACCGCUGCAGGUAUUCCUCCCUGGGAAGCGAGGUCUUCUUUGCAGAGUAUGGCUCUGAUUGGACGUCUUACAGGUCCGCCCGCAAUCGACGGCGGAUUGACUUCAGCGGGCCCAAGUGGAGCCUGGAAACUCUGGUUGGGCCCGAGAGUGGUUUGAUGCACAAGCAGUUCAUCCGCGAGCAUAUUGAGACCCUCAAUUUGGCAAAGAACAAGUUGACGGACAUCAGUUGUCUCAAUGCCAUGAAGGACACAAGAACCUUCGAGUUUCGCAAACUGCAGAUCCUGAACGCAUCCAGGAAUAUGUUGACCCACGUCAAGCUGGUCAAUGCGAGUCUGACGGAGAUCAACCUGAGUCACAAUGAAUUAACGAAACUGCCGGACUUCUCGAGUUUGUCCCAGCUCAGUAAGCUGUUGCUGUCGCACAACAACAUCGACGACAAGUUGGAACAGUUCGGAGACCUUCAGAAACUGCGUGUCUUGGACCUCUCCAGCAACAAGUUCAGUUGGCGCCCGACCUUCUUUCGGAAGCAGAUGAGUCAUUUGGAACGAAUACACCUGGAAGAGUUCAAGCUUUGGCCGAACCCCUUUGCGGAAGGAUUCAAGGAGUAUCAGUUCAUCACUGCUGUGACCUUGAGCUCUUUGACCUCCCUGGAUGGCUUUGGCAUUGACUCGGACCUCAGGUUCCAACUUCGUGUGCAAGCAGAUCAGCUGCACAUGAACACUGCAGACUUCUCCGUCUUCGAUGUCAGGGUGGAGGUGCCAUGCUGGUGUCAUGGGUGGCAGCGUGCGCAACGAGGAAAAAAAAUGGGAGUACCGAAAAAAAACACUAUCUCUAUGAUGAUUUACUUACUUUUCUAUCUUUAUGAUGAUUUACUUACUGUUCUAUCUUUAAUAGUACUUGCUAUACUAUCAAAAAAACUCUUUAGUGAUAGUACUAUAAGGUGCAGCGCAUAUAGAUUUCAUGGCCCGUCAGCUUACAGUAGAAACGGUCUUUAUUCUGAAUGA